GUAGGGUGAACAGAGCGUCAGUAACACUGGUGGUUGAACAUCGCUCACACGCCAUGGCAGGAGCGUCCACCAUAGUAGUUUUGGGGCUCUUGUUCCUCACGGAAUGCCACUCGGCCCCAGUGCAGUGUGGGGAGAUGGUGGGGCGUCUGCAGGCUGAGAUGGAGGACCUGGUGAGGGUGAUCAACGACCAGCACCGCUACAUCCAGGGGCUUCACCUCAGCCAGGCCCAGAAGCUGCCCCAGAUCCACCAGACACACCUCCAGACUGGGGGCCAGUACAAAGACUGUGCUGAGAUCUUUAAGGAUGGGAACUCCGUUAGUGGCCUGUAUAUGAUCAGACCGGACCAGGCUCCCUCCUCCUUCAUGGUGUUCUGUGACAUGAGUGAUGGAGGAGGCUGGACUGUCGUCCAGAGGAGAAAGGAUGGAACGGAGUCCUUCGACAGAGCGUGGGUGGAGUAUAAGCAUGGUUUUGGAGACAGCGAGUCAGACGGAGAGUUCUGGCUAGGGAACGACCCCCUACACUACCUCACCUCUCAAGGCGACUACAACCUAAAGAUCAACAUGGAGGACUUUGACGGAAACCAGCGCUUCGCCAAGUACAAAAACAUGAAAGUUGAUGAUGAAAAGCGUUCAACUACCAUAGUGCCCUCCAAGCUCAUUACCAAUCUCAGGACCCUGGGCCUGAACAUCUCCCUCUGCAACUGGAUCCUGGACUUCCUGCUGGGCCGCCCCCAGGUGGUGAGGAUUGUCAACAUCACAUCCACCACACUGAUCCUCAACACGGGAGCCCCUCAGGGGAGGUCAGUGACAUGGCAGUGUGGUGCCAGGAAAUGGUUGGUUGAGGACGCCCCCAUCCACAUUGACGGGGCUGUAGUGGAGUGGGUCGAGAGCUUCAAGUUCCUCUGUGUCCACAUCGCUAAGGAACUAACAUGGUCCAUACACACCAACACAGUCCUGCAGAAGAUCCUCAAAAAUUUCUACAGCUGCACCAUUGAGGGCAUCUUAACUGGCUGCAUCACUGCUUGGUACGGCAACUGCUUUGCAUUCGACCACAAGGUGCUACAGAGGAACCAGUAUAGGCUUCAUCUGGGUUACACUGUGCAGAUUCAGGGAACCUCUCCAGAGCCCACUCCCGUCCCAGUGGGCAGUAACCUGGAUUACUGUGGAGAGUGUGAGUCUGGCAACUUGAACGGUCACUACUACAACGGGCCGUACCAAGCGGUGCUGGAUGACGGGGUUGUCUGGUACACCUGGCACGGCUGGUGGUAUUCAAUCAAAUCCGUAGUCAUGAUGAUCCGGGCCUCCGACGUCCAUCUGAAGUCCAACUGA